GCGCCGGCGACAUCAGUAAGACUAGGGUUUCUCGCACAGCAUCCCAAACAUGGCAAACGCGAUGGCACGGUCAUUCCUUCAGGUGGCAUCGACGGAGGAGGUGGCUUCUCCUCUCCGUGUCGUUCAGAUCGAAGGACUGGUCAUAUUGAAAAUAAUCAAACACUGUAAGGAUUUUGCACCCGCGCUCGUCACCGGCCAACUUCUUGGCUUAGAUGUUGGUAGCGUCCUUGAAGUUACCAACUGUUUUCCUUUCCCGAUCCGUGAGGAAGAUGAGGAGGUUGAAGCUGAUGGUGCUAAUUAUCAGCUUGAAAUGAUGAGAUGUUUGAGAGAGGUUAAUGUUGACAAUAACACUGUUGGAUGGUACCAAUCAACGAUAUUAGGUUCGUUUCAGACAGUUGAGUUGAUUGAGACCUUUAUGAAUUACCAGGAGAAUAUUCGGAGGUGUGUAUGCAUUAUAUAUGACCCAUCAAGGUCCCAUCAAGGUGUGUUGGCUCUCAAGGCUUUGAAGUUGUCUGAUUCUUUCAUGGAGCUUUUCCGGACCCAAAAUUUCACGGGAGAGAAGUUGAGGGAGAAAAACUUGUCAUGGGUGGAUAUCUUUGAAGAAAUUCCUAUCAAAGUCUCAAACUCUGCACUUAUCAGUGCUUUUAUGACAGAGCUUGAAUCUGAUAUGCCAGUCAUUCAGUGUGAUUAUGACCGUCUACAAUUAUCAACAAAUCCAUAUAUGGAGAGGAAUUUGGAAUUUUUAAGUGAAUGUAUGGAUGAGCUUGCAGCAGAACAGCAAAAGUUGCAAUUUUAUUACCGGAGUCUGUCUCGACAGCAAGGUCAGCAACAAGCUUGGCUUCAGAAGAGAAGGCAAGAGAACAUGGCGCGUAAAGCUGCGGGAGAAGAGCCCUUGCCUGAAGAGGACCCCUCAAAUCCCAUUUUUAAACCAAUCCAGGAGCCAUCACGGCUGGAGAGCUUCCUCGUAACAAAUCAGAUUGCAAACUAUUGCAACCAAAUAAACGGAGUUGCUGGGCAGAGCUUCAGCAGGUUGUAUUUAUUGAAGGCUUUGCAUGCACAUGAUAAGUGAAGCUUUUACCUUGAAUUAGCGGAUUUACUAGUUUGUUUGGCGAGUGAUGGAAGAAAAAUCAAUCUUGUGGAGUAUCGUUUACCAGUUAUUUGGGAUGUCAAGUAGAAUUAGGAAGGAUGGAUCCUCGUAUUUUUUUCAUGCUUUCUUUAUCCUUUUUUUUUUUUUUCUUUAUUCGGGAAGAAUUAUGACAUUGUUUUGAAGAAGAUUUGCUUAACAGGAGGACAUGCUGUAUUUCAUUCAAUUACUGAA